UUGUGGCAUAUGAUCGACCGUUAUUGCUAAUAUUAAACACCUUUACUAGAUGAUCUAAGCUUUACCUAGCCUUUAUGAUGGAUGUUCGUACGCUUAUCUCGAAGCUGCAAUGGAUGGAUUAUCUUAACUACAACUGGAUGAAAUUUGAUUUUGAGAAAGAGCUACAUAGUAGAAAUGGUGUCAACAAAUUGUACAACAUGCUACUUUCAAAUAAAGAAGUAACGAUCACUGCAAACAGUGCUUUACUCCACAGUGAACAAGAUCUGCAUGAUUUUGAAAAGGAGUUCUGUACAGUGAAUGAGCAGAAGCAUUAUCUUGAUACUCUCUUAAAGAAUCAAGUGAGCUUAAGUCAAACUGUAUGUGAAGAAUCAGUGUUUGGUCACUUCCUUAUUAGGCGUCUCACUGUUAUGCAAAGAAUAUUUCAUGCAUGCUCUUCAAAAUAUCAUUCAACGAAAGAAAGCGUUUUUCAAAAAAGCCAAGAAACUCCUGGAUCUGAUUCAUCCACCUCAAAUGAAGAAGAAGUGGUUUCAACACUAAAUAAUGAGAUCCAAGCUUCUGGAUCAGACGCAUUGAUUGAAAUGGGUGUUCGUACCGGGUUACGUCUUGUAUUCACAUUGAUUCGUCACAGUUGGAUUCAACCUUCAUUAGCUUCAUCUAUAUGUAGUGAUGUUUUGCAAACUGCACUCGAUGUCGUAAUUGGUCUUCCACCUUUAUCACUAGCUGAUGAAAGUAAAAUCCCAUCUAUGGGUCUUGACUGUUUACAACAAAUUUUUACAUUUUUAAAAAGUGUUAUAAGCACCGAAUCAGAAGGAACACCAGAAUCAAUUCAAAUCUCGUGUGAAUUAUUAUUAUUACUUACAUUUCAACGCGGUUCCCUGCAACAUAUGCUUGAUUGGAUUGAAAUGGCUUUAAGUGUUUCAUCAGAGCAAGGUGAUGAUGCCAGGAAAAUAUCCAAGAAAACAUUAGAUAAGAUUAUUAAAACUUCCAAUCUUUCAUUAAGUUCGCCUGCUGUUAAUGGCACUGCUACAAACAGCAAGUCUAAUUAUAUUCCAUUAAAGGAAGUAGCAAUGAUACUAAUGGAACAGGUUGUUUCUUUAUCAGAGGAAUAUGCUAUCUCUUGCACAGAAACUGCUACAAAAAGUGUUGAUAUGAACAACUGUGAUGUAUAUGCAUGGGGAAGUAACAGCAGCCACCAACUUGCUGAACUUGGAAGCGAUAAAAUUGUGUUUCCUAAGAAGGUUAAAAGCUUUGGAAAUUCUCAAAUGCUGGAAGCGGGGCAGUAUUGUACGUUUGCUGUUUCUGGUGAUGGGUGUGUUCGCUCAUGUGGAAAAGGUAGUUACGGUCGGUUAGGUUUGGGUGAUUCAAACAAUCAAUCGACUUUGAAAACAAUCGUCUUUGAUCCACCUCAGACCAUUCGAAAAAUAUCAUCUUCUAAAGGUUCUGAUGGCCAUACACUUGCAUUAACUACUGAAGGUUGUAUUUUUUCAUGGGGGGAUGGUGAUUAUGGUAAACUGGGACAUGGUUCCAGUCUUACUCAUAAAAGUCCCAAGAUUAUUGAAGGACCUCUGGCAAGACGUAUUGUAGUAUGUGUGUCAGCGGGAUAUCGUCAUUCAGCAUGCGUGACCCAAGAAGGCCAGUUAUUUACUUGGGGUGAAGGGGAUUAUGGGAGGUUGGGGUUGGGAGACAACACAAGCAGAAAUGUUCCCGUGUUGGUGAAAGAUAUUGCAAGUGCUGGUUCUGUUGUGUGUGGAAGCUCCCAUACACUGGUUCUAGCUCAAGAUGGACUGACGGUAUGGAGUUUUGGAGCUGGAGAUAAUGGUAAACUUGGUCAUGGAGAUACAAGUCGUGUGUACAGACCAAAAGUAAUUGAAAGUAUAAAUGGAAUGAUGUUUUACAAACUUUGUGCAGGAAGUCAAUAUUCACUUGCUUUAAAUGAUUCAGGGCAGGUAUUUUCAUGGGGAUGUGGGGCGUGCCUUGGUUGUGGAUCACCUGAUGCCACGUUCAUGAAACCAACAUUGAUUGAUGAACUUACUUUCACACGUGUUGUUGACAUUACAUCUGGGGAUGGGCACUGCAUGGCUUUAACACACAAUAAUGAAGUUUAUUGUUGGGGAAACAACGCAAUGGGUCAAUGUGGUUUAGGACACACCAACAGUCCAAUAUCUGUACCAACACAAGUGCAGCAAUUAAACAAUGUCACCAUUCACCAAAUAUCAGCUGGAACCUCACAUAGCAUCGCAUAUACAGCUAUGCCAUCAGACAGGCAUGUUAUAUCAUGGUCAAGACCAUACUGUGUGGACCUCAGUGAAUCGACUUUUAAAAAAAUGAACAACUUCUUAAGCAGUUAUUGUUCUUCACUGGCAACUACAGCCCUUGACAACCCACCAGUAAGCCAACACCACCAGUUUGUUUAUUUAUGUCUUCGUUUGGUCCUCACUCAUCUACGCCUCGCUGUCACAGGAAAUCUUUCCUCCUUUGUUCUCGGAGCAGAAAGUAAAGUCCUCCGAAAUCUUCUCUUUAAUUUAAUGGAUGAAGAUGCCCCAGAAUCUAUAAUUGAAGUUGUGAAGGAAUGUGUCACCGUUGGAGCUUCGUUGCUUCUUCCUUCGAUCGAAGAAAGGAUUUCCAUCUUGUUAUCGUUUUUACCAAAUCGCUUGAAAGAAGUCAAGAAAUUGUCACUUGGACAGCGAAUGCAACUUAAUGUUGUUCUCUCGAGCUUACAAGAUCAUGCUCAAGUUGCUGAAGUUCUCAACUUCCGAAGUAGCAACCCAAAAACUAACGAACAUGAUUACUCAUGUUUAGCUCAGCAGUUGCUUCUAACAUUAAUGGAAAAUGUUCAUUGUAAUGUGAUGAAAUCAUUGCAAGAUAUAAAGAGCAACAAUAGCAAUGAAGUUAAAACAUCACCUGAUUAUCUUAGUGAGGACAUGGUUCAAGUUUUCAAUCUGCUUUUCUCCAUGCUAACGCACCUAUUUUCUCAUUCUUACCAAACCACCGAGGUAUUACCAAAAGAAUUUAGCCUGAUUCAGUCUGGUAUUAUGCAGUUAGUUGAACAAGCAACAUUGGAAUUUCAACUCGUCAACCAGAUAUUAAAUAACAAUUCAUUCGAUUCAACUGUUUUAUAUACCAUAGAUAUAUUACUAAGAAGUUCAUGUGGUCAAUUGCUUUCACUGACAAUCAAUUCACUUUUACUUCUACGAUUAUCUGAAACGUUUCCACUCCUGCAACAUUUGAUUGACUUACUGCCCUACAUUGAUCAAUUCAACAGGUUAAUAACAAAAAAAGAUCUUGAACAAAAUCAAGUUUCUGAGCUUUCAUGGCCAAUUUCAACUUGUUCAAAAUCAUCAGUGAAUGAUGAGCAGGCAUGGGUGUGGAUGCUUGACAUCGAACAUUCAUGUUCGCAUUUGAUUGGUCGAAUAUUGAAUGCAGUUGCUCAAAGGUGACACCAAUGUCACCAAUGACGAACGAUUUAAUGAAAAUGUCUUAAAAUUACCAAUACUUGGAAAUGGCCUCCAAGCGGGAACCUGUGGAGAAUUA